UGUAAUUUUAUUGAAAAUUCACAGGACUGUUUGGAUUCACACUUUAAGAUCUUUAAGAGUAACACACUAUGGUUUAUUAGUCACAGAGAAAUAUAAGAGCUGAGGAGGGCAGGCUGAAAAACACACACACUCUCCUACAGUCAAGGGCAGACGUGCAGACAUAACACACCCAACGCACACACAUAACAUUAUGAGAUAACAACAUGAGACUAAGGUCUCUCUAUAAUUGUUUUCCCUCUCCCCCACUUUCAAUCCUAAUGGUAGUCAGGAAGUCUUCUUUCAAAACAUAAUAGUAAAUUUGAUAAGCCUCUUUUUAAACAUCAUGGUAAUGUAGAUGAGCUCUUUUUUAACCCUAUUGGUAUUGAUAUCAUAGUCUUUCUAAAAUAUAUUGGUUAUCUACUGUGUAAAUACAGUAUAAAUACUGGACCUUGAGCUCCAGGUGUCAGAUCACUUCUGAGAAUUCUCAUCGGUGUGGAUCUCGUGAGGUGGAAAUAAAAUCUGGACCCUUGCUUCUUCUCAAUCAUGGCUGGUGUCUUCUUUUCCAUCUCCAACUGGGUUCACAGAUGCAUUUUGCGCCACAUGGACUACAAUCAUCGUCUGCUACACAUUUCAUCUGCCGUUUUCCCAAAGGAUGCUGAUGAAGACAGUGUGUCGCAGGACCUUGCUGUACAAAGGAUCAAAAUCUACAACAUUAAGAGUAAUACGUCGGAGGUUCCUGAUGAUACUGGUAUCGUGGUAGAGGGCGUGAAAGUUCUGAUAGCUCUUGGUAACUUUCCAAGGGCUUGCUCCAUGCUCCUUGGGUUGACAUAUGCAGUGAAUCUUGCCUAUCCCAAGGAGCUCAGGUAUAUGUUCGAAGUCUUCCAGAAACUCCUCCUUGAGCUGGAUUGUUCAAAGCUGUCCCCAAAACCGAACAGCCUCAAGAAUAAGAUACUAGCUUAAGAAAAUGUACCUUUGCAGGAUGAAAGGGAAUUGUUGCGGCACUGUCAACUGUCACAUGGUUACCUUCAAGGCUUUGUUAAAUGCUUGAGUUUAAGUGCUGCAGGUGGUUGUUCAGAUUUGAGGGGAGUGGCAUCGAUUUUUUGACUUAAAAAUAGCCAACUAUUUUUGUACCUUGUGAGUCCACUGUUUACACCAGGAAUGCAGGGAUUAUUUGACAUGUUUUAAUUGAGGCAUUUGAAUUUGCCAAAAUAUAUAAUGUAAUUGUUCAAGUGAAUCCCAUUUUUGUAAGUAAGGAAGCAAGGCAAAUGGAAGUACUUCAGUCUGUUUUCUUAAAAGACCAAGUGCAUUUUAUACUUGUAUUGUUAUUUUAUGGUUUUAUGUUGGCAUUUUGCACUUGAAAAAUGUUGGGUAAACAUGUUGAGACAAAGUUGCACAAAUAAAUGUUUACCUUUUGUUAUUUUUAUGCAUGGUGAUCUGUUGAACCAACUUAAGUAAACGUUGGCACCAAGAAGGCAUGAUAUUGGUUUGAUUAGUUAUAGAAAAAUGAAAGUGACAUUAAAUAUAUUUAAAGUCAUGUGAUACCAAUUAAGACUUUAAACAAUUAAUUAAGGUACAAAUAAAUAAGAAUAACAUCGUAAAUGUGUUUAAUUAAGCAACAAUGUGCUCAAAUGUGAGUUAUAGAUAUAUUUUUUUAUUAGAGAACCAAAUCAUUUUCAACCAGAUAAUUAGGAAAUAUGAAUCAAUUUCCAUAAGAUAUUCAGUAAAUAUAAAUCAGUUUCCCCAGAUACUUAGUAUAUUUAGAUUACUUUUGCUCAGAUCCUUACUAAAUAUGAAUCAGUUUUCCUUGUGAAAUUAAUUUGCAUUUACUCAAUAUUUUUGGGCCAUAUAACUCAUCAUUUGGCAUGCUAUUACUAAAGCCAACACAUUUUAAUUGUUCCUUUUAUUACCAUGAACUUAAUUAUUUUUUGUUUAAAUUUAGUUAAUUUAUUCAGUACUUUUUAAUCAAAGUUGUAGUACUUCAAUUAUAUUACAUGUCACUGUGUUGCCAUAAUUUUUUAAAGUAACCAUUGGUCACAUUUUUUACAGUGUAUAAUUUCAUAUUUAUGUUAUAUAUAUAUACAGUACUGUGCAAAAAUUUUAGGCACCCUUUUUUUGUAUAAACUUUGUUAUAGUUUUUUUUUUUUAAAUUAUUUUAUGACUUCUACAUUAUCAAGUCAGUACAAAAACAUUUCAGAUUCCCAAAGAUUAGUUUUCUAGCACAAAAUUAAAUGUUACAGAAAAAUGUUUGUAUGUCAUUAAAGAAAGCAGCAUAUUAUGUAAGAGACCACUUUUCAGACAAAAAACGUAAUAAAGGCAGCUGGGUUUUGCUGCAAAAAUAAGAAGCAAGUGUGACAGUCAAAGUAUCCAGAAGAACGUUGGCUGGUUCUGCAAGAUGCUCUAUAAAACUUACCAGCUAAUUUCUAGUGUUGGGUCUGAGUCUACCUUUGUCAAGUUCGAUUCGAGAUCAAGUCAUUAACCAAUCGAGUCCAAGUCCAAAAGGUGCCAAGUUGGACUCAAGUCCAUGUCCUUAAUAGCUGAGUUCGAAUUCAAUCCAGAGGAAUCCAGAAAGUAAUUAAAUUUUUUAAAAAAAACUUGAAAUUGCAAUUGUAAAAGCAACACUGAACUGUUAAAUUAAUAUUUUAACCUUCACAAACCAGUGGCAACAUAAAUG